GUGGCCGACCGGGAGCGCGCGGGCGGGGCCGCGACGUUCGUCAUUCCGUGCGGGAGGGAGCGCGAGAGCGGCGCGGUCGAGCCUCCGGUGUCGCAGACCCAGCUGGGGAGCAUGGCGGAGCAGGAGCCCACCGCUGAGCAGCUAGCGCAGAUCGCCGCGGAGAACGAGGAGGACGAGCACUCGGUCAACUACAAGCCCCCCGCCCAGAAGAGCAUCCAGGAGAUCCAGGAGCUGGACAAGGAUGACGAGAGUCUGCGCAAGUACAAGGAAGCCCUGUUGGGCCGCGUGGCUGUGUCUGCUGACCCCAACGUCCCCAACGUUGUCGUGACCCGCCUGACCCUGGUGUGCAGCACGGCCCCAGGCCCCCUGGAGCUGGACCUGACAGGCGAUCUGGAGGGCUUCAGGAGGCAGUCCUUUGUACUGAAGGAGGGCGUGGAAUACCGGAUAAAAAUCUCUUUCCGAGUGAACCGAGAGAUCGUGUCUGGCAUGAAGUACAUCCAACACACGUAUAGGAAAGGCGUCAAGAUCGACAAGACCGACUACAUGGUGGGGAGCUACGGACCCCGGGCGGAGGAGUACGAGUUUCUGACCCCCACGGAGGAGGCGCCCAAGGGUAUGCUGGCCCGAGGGAGCUACAACAUCAAGUCCCGGUUCACAGAUGACGACAAGACUGACCACCUGUCCUGGGAGUGGAACCUUACCAUCAAAAAGGAAUGGAAGGACUGAGCCCUGACCCGGGAGGCGGGCAGGCCUCCGGACAGACAGACGGACCUGUCUGACGUGCCCCACCCCCAUCAGCCCCACCUCUCCGUCCCGACCCCUCACCAAAGUGCUGACAGGUCUGCCCCCGCC